AUGGUAUUCGGACGAAGACAAAGAGGUGUCCUGCCCAUUAUCGACACCCGGAAAACGCCAAAUCUGAAAGAGAAAAUCGAGAAAAGAGAUAUAAGAAGACGUGAGAAACUGGAGAGGACAAACGAAACGUUGAAAUCAUUGAAAAAGUUCAAGCCUGGCGACGCGGUCAUCAUACAAGAUCCGCUAACUCAUCGAUGGAAAAGCAAAGGAAUCGUUAAAUCAGUACGAAAUCAAGGACGAUCUUACAAUGUAGAAACGGAGCACGGAAGGAUGAUAUUGCGUAACAGGAGAUAUCUGAAGUCGUGUCCACAAACGAGCGCCCCGCAUCAAAUCGAGAACGAGAUGCCCCCGAUAGCGAAAGAUCCAACCCCAAGACGAAGUCCCCGCUUCUAA